AUGCACAACAGCCUGCUUAUGGCCAGUGUAAGGAACCAUCCUGUCGGCCAAUGCAUGGGGCUAACAGGAGCAGGUGGUGGUCUCAAUUGGACUGGUACAACAUCUUGUGUCGCCGGGUAUACCUGCUCUUACCAGAAUCCGUACUACUCUCAAUGCGUUCCUGGCACCGCCAGCGCUGGAUCUAGCACGUCCACGAAGCCGGGAAGCUCUUCCAGGACAACUCUAGUAACGUCCACUGUUAAGCCUUCUUCAAGCACGUCAAAAGCAUCCACGACGGCCAGCGCAACAUCGACACCAAGUGGUGGUAUCACGGGCUAUGCAAAACCGAAUGGCCAUGCUUUUAUAAUCAACGGCAAGGCAACCUACUUCAUGGGAACAAACACAUAUUACAUCGGCUUCCUUAACAACAAUGCCGACAUUGACCUGAUUAUGUCCCAUCUACAGACUACUGGCCUUAAAGUCCUCCGUGUAUGGGGCUUCAAUGACGUGACAGCACUUCCCGGCGGAGACACGGUCUGGUAUCAAUCUUUCAUCAAAGGCCAAGAUCCGGUUAUCAAUACAGGCGCAAACGGACUUCAACGUCUUGACUAUGUUGUGAAAUCUGCGGAGGCCCAUGGAAUCAGUCUCAUCAUCAAUUUCGUGAACAACUGGAACGAUUACGGCGGCAUGGCCGCAUACGCAUCCUACUAUGGCAUUGCAGUUACCGAUUGGUAUACUUCGACAGCUGCCCAGACCCAGUACAAGAAGUACAUCGCUGCCGUGGUUGCUCGGUACAAGACCUCAACAGCAGUCUUUGCCUGGGAGCUAGCCAACGAGCCACGCUGUACUGGUUGCGCAACAUCCGUAAUUACCAAUUGGGUAGCUUCUACAUCCGCAUACAUCAAGUCUCUCGACUCGAACCACAUGGUCUGUAUUGGAGAUGAGGGCUUCGGGCUCGAUGGGGGAGCAGACACGUCGUACCCGUAUACCAGCGGUCCAGGUCUCAACUUUACCAACAACCUCGCCAUCUCCACCAUCGAUUUCGGUACCUAUCACGCAUACCCAGGCUCUUGGGGCGAGACAGAUGAUUGGGUUCCCUCUUGGAUCAACACACACGCCGCAGCAGCUGCUGCUCUGGGAAAGCCUGUCGUCCUUGAGGAGUAUGGCACGAAUAAUGCCAAAUCCAAUAUGGCUUCCUGGCAAACGGCAGUAUUGAAUACUCAGACUGCUGGUGACAUGUAUUGGCAAUAUGGCGACUCACUGUCGAUUGGUUUGACCAAUGAUGAUGGACAUGCAAUCUAUUAUGGCUCCUCCGAUUAUGCUACUCUUGUGACUGCGCAUGCCGCUGCUAUGAAUGCUAAAGCGGUUUAA